UAUUCAUAUAGUGUAUAAUUAACGUGCCAUUUGUUCAAGUCAAUUUUUACCACUAUAUAUGGGAAGGUGCUCAAACACUAUUAAUCAUCAUUAACAUUCCCAUAACAUUUUUCAUAAACACUCUCUAUAUCUUGAAGAGCAUUCUAACAACCUAAGUGUUAGGGGGAGUCCGCUAGUAUUGGAAAAUGGGACGUUGGAUCAAACCAGAGGUGUAUCCUCUUAUGGCGGCUAUGAGUUUUGUCACCGGAAUGUGCAUUUUUCAGCUGACAAGGAAUGUCGUCCUCAAUCCUGAUGUCAGAAUAAACAAGGAUCAUCGUAAGAAAGGUGUUCUUGAUAACCAAGAGGAAGGAGAAAAUUACGCAGAGCACGGCUUCCGUAAGUUCCUGCGCACACGGCCCCCGGAAGUCAUGCCCGCCAUCAACCGCUUUUUCACCGGGAAAGAGUGAGCGGCCAACAAUUUUAGUUUGCACAGCCAUGAAAAGAGAGUGGAAUUUGAUUUAUCUGAAUUUUGUCUAGAUAGUUUAUAUGUGUGCGAAUUUCGUUUUCUGUUUCAUAGUGUAAUUGUUUUUUAAUUUAAGAGUGAACUACCUAUUUAGUAGUAUCUGGCUUUUGGGGUUGUAACACUAUAGAUCCAUGGUUAAAAAAACGUCAUACACCCCUAGCAUUCAAUCUAAUUACGAAUGAGAUUUUUUAGGUCUAAAA